UCUUUUAACUGUAACUCAUUUUGUUUCUAAUGUUCAACAAUACGAGGUACGUACAGAAAGUUUCAUAUGUAUGUUGAAAGUGUGAAUUAUAGUGUGCAUGAAAGUCAAAUACAUCAUUAACUGAUGAAAAGGAAAGUUUGUAUGUCUACUUUCACAAUUUAAGUCGACAGAAUGUUAGAAUGUGGCGACCUAUGUGAAAGGACCGAAAAAACAGGAAUUUUCAGUCAAAAAUGAGAAAAGCAGCUGUUGUGUGUUGCCAUAGCAACCAAACAUAAUAUGACAAGGGAUUUACUCUGAAAAUUGGAAUAUGCUCAAGUAUCUAAUGAAGCAAAAUUUGAAUGAAAAAUGGUGAAGACAUGAAAAAUUGACAAUGAUAAAACAGCACAGAAGAUUUAGAUGUAUUUGUCUAAGAAGAAAUGUGCAUCGAACACUUCAACCAAGAAGAUCCAGUGCGGGGAGUAUACAGCUCUCGCACACGUCACGGUGACGCAGACGCGGAAACCAAUGUACAUCCGAAACCGCCAGCACCAGCUGCUAUUCACCGGUGCUGACCUGCCUCCACAUCAGCUCACCUACACAAUGAGAAUUCUACGCUGGGAUUUUUGUGCUCACCAUGGUGUCAUGCAUGUCACGGCCCCUCCGUUCCAUCCACAGUCAAACGGUGAGGCUGAACGACUGGUCCGCACAUUUAAGUCUCAGAUGAGGAAACUCCUGGCUUCUUCUGCUGCUGAUGAUGAGCUUCCCCAAUUUCUGGCUUCUUACUAUUUCACCCCCAUGGGUGACCACAGCCCGGCUGAGCUCUUACAUGGCCGACAGCCCCGCAUGCUACUUCAUCUUCUGCGGCCUUCCACCUCAUGGCCGCGGGUCAUUCGCUUGGCCGGUUCACCGUCGGCGACCUUGUAUGGGUACAGGGAUAUGGCAGGCGGCCAAAAUGGAGUCCUGGCCGCAUCUUACGACACCAUGGCCGACGCCUGUAUGAAAUCUAGAUGGACACAGGUGUUGCAGUGCAUCAUUCGGACCGGCUUCGGCCUCGUGUGCCAGCAACGCCUGUUCCGGAUGCCACUACACCACCUUCGGCUCUACCUGAUGCUCGGGAUCCUGGAAUCUCUCAUUACUCACAACGCAGUCCUCUCACCAUCAUUUCGGUGCCAGCAGAAGAACUGACGCCAACAGAAGACGUGCCCAUGCAGGACCCAGAUGACCAUCAUCUGUCGGAGCAACUCUACUCGCCUCCUUCUCCUACGGACGCGGACACAUCACCCAUGUCUCCUGUUAUAACAACAGGACUUGCCGCAACAUGCAGAUUGGUGCAUGGGGCCCCAGCAGAUUCAACCCCCACGUCUCCUGUCAUCUCGUCCCGUUAUCAUCAGGGAUACUUCUGUCCGUACGGGAAGCCUCCUCCUCGAGACUUUACGGCCAGUCAAACAACACCUAUGGACGUUAUCAAUCUACAGGCCACCUCCAUCAAUCUACAGGCCACCUCCAUCAAGACCUGUGCAAAAACUUCAAAGGGGGGAAAAGUGUUGUGACUCACUGAUCUUUCAAAGUGCCGCAGUUAUGCGCAUCCUCUACAUGCGGCGCUGUCUGCCAGCCAUGCAGCAGCAGCGCCACCUAAGCGGCCAGCCAGCCAGCGGCCACUAGACUCCGACUAAGUUAUGAUUUGACUGUGAAAGUGUACACACAUCUUACUCUGUUUACUUGAUCUGUGACUUUCAUGUGUUGCAUCGUCCUUGAAAUAUAUUUGUUCAACUUGAAGUUAUAACACAACCACAUUUAUUUUUUCCUUUCUUACUUCUCAUCUUGAGGACGUGUCUACCUUUUCCCUCUUUCCAUAUUCAUAAACUUCUAUCACUGCAGUCCUUCCUUAUUUCCGUGGUUACUGAUAACAUACAUAUUAUCUCUAGAUAAGAAGGCCAAAGAAUCAGACUACACACACACAUCCACAUAUACACCAAUAUACACUUCUACGCGAGCAUUAAAUUAAUAAGACAAGGCCUGCCACAAUGUGAGAACUGCCAGGUGUUGUAGGGGAAAAGGUGUGUACACAGGGAAUUGUGCACACAUAUAUAGGGAGUUAUGAUGGUUCUACAUCGAAUAUACAUAAGUAGAGGUGCUCAUAUGUAAUGAACAACUAUAAAAUAGUAAUGAGUAAUGGAUAAAUAAGAAAAAGGCGUGGGCAAGGUCAGUGCAAUAAGAACUCUGAUGAAUUGAAGGAUAGAGGGAUGUAAGUAGUAUAUAUAGACAUAAUAUCUAUUGAAAGUAUAGAAGUUGAUAAGUAGAGGAGGACUCUAGAAUGUGAAUGAUAUAUUAAAGAAUGAAUGCAAAGUUUACAAUAGAUUUAUAGCUUUACCAGAAGAUAAUUAAUUAUUGUACACAUAGAAAUGUAUAUCAGGUUAGUGAACCAUGAGGCCUACUCAGAAAGGAUAAGGGGGGCGUACCUGGCAUUCACUAAGUGUAAAGGGCAGACGUACCUACGUGGAGAUAGGACAAUCUGUGGCCUAAAAAGUAGAAAUGUUUUGUAAGGGGCGUACCUGCCAGAAUGGAAAGAGGAAGUGCUCUCUUAAGGUCAACCCACAAGCAAAGAAUAGGUGCUGAUCCUAGCAGAAGGGGACAGAAUCAUGACAAAAGUCACAAAUUUUAUAGUAAUUAUUCUGGAAAGUGUAAAUUCUAUGAAUGGCUAGCAUCAUUAUGUUUCGUGGAAGUAAAUGAGUAUGAAAAUAACACUUUAAUCUCACCCAGAGUUCCUCUAAGCUACAACUAAUGAAAAUAGUAGAUACUAGGAAAAAAGUAGUACAAAAAGAUAAGAAUAGAAAAUAGGUAACUCGUGUCAUAAACACCUGAAGUUUUCAAUUGAAAAAAGGAAAUUAAAAAAAAGAAAGAGUCCUCACAAUUCCUAAAGAUUAGUAAAGCUGACUAAAACCACAAGUAAAUGGUCAUGUCUUAAUAACAAAGUAAAAUAAGAAAAGAAUAGAGAAACAAUAAGGGAAAGAUUGUUGUUAUGGAAAGAAGAGAUAUGUAUAUACACAUAUGCAAGACGUGUGUACUCUUAAGAUAUGAAAUGUUAUUAUGAGUGAUAUUAUUUGCGUAAUGAUUAUGUAUAAAAUAUCGCGUGUUCGAUCUGAGGGGAGGAUAUGUAGUGAUUCGAGAAUUUCUGUGUAAAUUCUAGAACCACUCAGCCUUCUACCAUCUCAAACACAUGAUAUUCUAGAUAUGAGUGUGGGGUAUUCGAAUCCUACCCACAGCGCAUCACGUUUGUGUGUGCAGGUUUAAAACCAGCCGCCGGAAGAAAGUAGAUGCGGUGGUUGAAUGGCACUGACAAAUACCUGUCGGGCAAUCCGUAGAGGUUUUAGUGCAUGUGUAAGGAAGAACCAUGGAAUCUAUAUGCAGCUUUAUGCUUACUGUGUCACUGACUAUUGUUAUGUGAAACAGGAACAGUUGAAAAAGUACUCUUGUAGACUCUUGACUCAGCCUUGUUAGAGGCAAGAUGUUUUUUUCAGUCUCUUUUUCUGGAAGUCAUGGUGUCUAAGCAGA